GGCAAACCUGCUCCACCAAUUUUUAGUAGGUGAUAAAACGUCAGACGACUCGUCCAAGUAAACAAUAUGAUUUUCCCUGAAAAUACGUAUUGUUUGGCAGUUUUCCUUGCCUUAUUACAAUCAGUUUUAUUCAUUGAAGGUGCGAAACAGAAAUAUGUGACGUGUGGCUCCGUUGUAAAACUGCUGAACACAGACUAUAGAGUCCGACUGCAUUCUCACGACGUGAAAUAUGGUACCGGAAGCGGACAACAAUCUGUAACGGCUACGGAAAUACAGGAAGACAUAAAUAGCCACUGGAUUGUAAAGGGGCCCACUGGUAAAUCAUGCACUAGAGGUGAACCUAUAAAGUGUGGCAGUGUUGUGAGGCUGGAACAUAUCGAAACCAAAAAGAAUUUGCACUCGCAUCAUUUCUCCAGUCCCUUGAGUGGUAACCAAGAGAUUAGUUGUUAUGGGGAUAAUGGAGAGGGUGACACUGGUGAUCACUGGACUGUUAUUUGCUCAGGCGACAGUUGGUUAAGAGAUGACAGUGUUAUGUUGAAACAUGUGGACACCAGUAUGUACUUGUCAACCUCUGGUAGAACUUUCGGAAGGCCCAUCAAUGGUCAGAUGGAAGUUGUGGGUGUUUCAUCUUCAUCUGGUUCUGUACAUUGGCAAACUAUGGAGGGCGUUUAUUUGCAUGCACCUGAUAUCAUGGCCCACAAAACUGUGCACACUGAACUAUAGUGAUCUAGUUUUAAAUAGAUUAAUUUUGUACAAUUUGUAAUUUAUUUAUUUGUAUAUUUGUGUGAUUUAAUUAAAGUUUUUAAGACCUC